UUUUCCUUCAAAAAGCUCUUCUUCGUGGGAGGAGUUAGGUGCAACAGCUGGCUCUCUUUACAUACUUUUUCGCAGCGGAGACAGACACAUCUCCCGAAGCAAAAAAAAAAGGCGGACGAAUGAACAGCAGCAUUAAAUCUGAUCUCGCCUCUCUUUAACACAGGAAUUGUAUAUGAUUUGCUUCGAAACACGUUAAGCAAACGACCAGAGAAGAAAUCUACACUUCUGGAAAAUGUUCUGGGACAUAUCUUUUUCCGGAUUUGGGAGAACUAGCUACAGAUCUUGAACGAUUUCCUAGAAAGGUGCAAAGCUAUGAUGGAAACUCCGUCUGCCCUUGCCCUCCUACUAUUCUUAAUCAGUCCUGAUGUUUGCUAUGGAAGGCAUGCCUGUUAUGGACUGCCUGAAGGACUUCAAUCACUGAAGUUGAAGAGGGAGAGAGAAGUGGAUUUAUCCCAUUUUUUUCCUCGGGAGGCACAGGUACCUAGUGGACCACAUAGACCAAAGUGAUCAACAUGUCUAUUUGGGUGAUCAUACCCAUCAGCCUUCCUGUCCUCACCAUCACUGGGAUAUGGGUUGUAUAUGCCAUGGCCCUCUACAACCAGCAUGUCUGCCCCGUGGAUAACUGGCUGUAUAAUCAGUCGUGUGAGGAGAAGCUGUCUCUCCAGAGGGGUCCUGAGCUGUGCUGUACCCUGGACAAUGUCCCACUCAUCAGUAAGUGUGGCACCCUUCCCCCUGAGAGUUGCUUCUUCAGCCUCAUCUGCAGUACCGGAUCCUUCAUGGUGAUUUUGAUAGGGCUGCUGCGGUAUGCCCACGUCAUAGAGAAACACCAGAACUGUGUCCUUAACACUGCCGGCCUUUCCACUGGCUGGAUCUGUGCUGCAGGACUCAUUAUGGUGGGCAACUUCCAGGUGGAUUAUGCCAAAGUGCUUCACUACGUGGGUGCAGGGGUGGCUUUUCCCACUAGUAUCCUGUUUGUGUGUCUGCAGUCAGCCCUGACCUACCGGCUGGCGAAGACCCAGAGAGAAUAUAACGUGGGCCACCUUCGACUGGGGAUGAGCUUGCUAGCCUUCAUCACCCUGGUCUUCAGCGGUGUCUUCUUUGUCCAGGAGAGCUUUGCCUUGCAACACGCCUCCGCCAUCUUUGAGUGGCUCUUCUGCAUCAUCAUCAUGCUCUUCUUUGGGACCUUUGCCUUUGAGUUUGGGGACAUGUCCGGGGAUACCCUUAUGGUGCUGGCCAGAGGGGGUGUCCAGGACUUUUCCAGCAGUGACCACAAGGCCGAGGAGGCAGGAGGGCCCAACCACCACUACCAACCAGAUGGCAUAGCAAUGCUGUAGGCCUAUCAAAGGCAGGCUUCUGUGCCCACUGACCAAUCACAAACAGGGUUGGAGUGGGAAGAGUGGAUUACUGACCAAUCAUAGACCACCAAAGGGCAUGAGGACGACGCACCCUCCAAAUGGACCUGCUCGGUAUUGCACAUAGCUAAAGCACCCAAAGCUUUUCUAACCAUUGACCAAAGAUUAAUAUCAUGUUAUUGCCAUAUUUGUACUGCGUUGCAGUAGACAGUACAGGGUGGAUUGCAAACAUAUGUUACAAGUGCCUUUGGAAGGAACACAGGCAGGUGCACACACACACACCUUCCCUGUCUUUUCCUUUCAUCAUUAGGUAAUCACACUUGAUUACGAGAACUUGUUUGCUUGCCGUGUAUCAGAUCCAAUGUCUUGAUUGAGUGCCUGAAAAAUCUUUAAUGACUAAGCAGAAUAUGGCUGGGUCAGUACCUGGGUCAGUACCUGGGUCAGUACCUGGGUCAGUACCUGGGUCAGUACCUGGGUUAUUAUGUUUGGCCAUUCAGACACUGAACACUGCAUCGCAUUGUUUCUACUCAGGAAAAGCUGUUACAUCACCAGCUGUUCAGUGCCUUUUAACAGGAACUUAAAGGGAAGUUAAAGUCAAACAAAAGAGGUAUUGUUGUUUUCUGUGCUCAGAGAUAUUUGUUUUAUAUCAGAGGUUUGAUUGUUGUAUUGUAUGAAACAUAAGCAAAUAGGGUAAAGGGAGGUUCUGUUCAGGUGCAGUGACCCUUGUUGUUUCAUUUUGUGAGGGACUAUGCGAAAGGAGUCUGAAAACCUUUAUUUGGUGUUGUGUGUUACGCAUUGAAACCAGUAGAGGGCCCCCUGAUCAAUGGUUUUGUUGCAGUGUCAUCCGAUGCAGAGAAAGUGUUACAGUGAGUAAGAAAGCAAACCAGAGAAGUGAAUCACUUUGAACGUGUAUCCUUGUACCAAAUUGAUGACAAGAAGAAAUGUUAAUACAAACAUGUUAUUUUAUGUAUGCUGUUCAAUUCUUCAGGUAUUAAUGCAAAUAUAGACAUGUUUUACUUGAUCUAAAUCUGUCUAUUUAUCGUCUAGAACCUAUCUCUGAGCUGUCUUCUAUCUAGUCAUUGUUUCAUGCCAAUCGGAUCAAUUGCUGUUCAAGCAGACAGAGAUACAAAAUGUAUCACACCGGCUAUGACAAUUAGCGUUUUGAAAGUUCCAUAUCUUGAAAACUUGAUUUCUGACAUGCAAGGCAUUUUGGGACUGUGUCAACAGUGGACUAAUGAAACAAAUACCAAAAGAUAGUUUGAGUGGAUUAUUACUUUAAGGUGAGCAUUAUCAAUGCACCAGCAAAGAAUAAAACCCUUUUCUGAGAAUGAACUCUUAUAGAGACUGAUGAAAAGACAUAUACAUUUCAUGUUUUAUUGUUCAAAACCCUAUUUACAUUUUCCUGUUAUCUAUUGACAAACUGUAUAUGAAGGAUCUGAGUUCAUCUGGUUUCCGAGCAGUUACAACAAGCGGGAUAAGGUAACAGCACUGACACAACAUUCUCAGUCGUUUUUUUCUACAUUGAACCAAAAUGUGGCGACAUACCAUUUUACUCUCAACCCUUCACGCUCAGAAAAAGCUAGCCCUGCCUCUGGUAAUAUCUCUACAAUAAAAGCGUUCUAACAUAAAA